AUGACAUCUUCACGUCCGUCGAUUGUCGGCCCCGAUGCGGGGCCCGAGCUGCCCUUCCCGGUCAAGAUGGAGGGUCCUGUGAUUAGCGGUUUCGGACGGGGAUCCAAGGAGCUUGGCAUUCCCACGGCCAACCUGCCCGUCGACGCCAAGGCCACGCCCUGGAUCGCCGACUGCGUGUCCGGCGUCUACUUUGGCUGGGCCGUGCUCGAGGCCGCGCGCCCGGGCGAGGCGGCUGCCGCCGAGGCCAACGGCGUCAUUGGCGAUGGCGUGGCGUCCAAGCUCCCCGACGAGAGCGCGCCCGACCACACGGACAAGACGGCCGCCGUGGCCGGCCUGUACCCCAUGGUCAUGUCGAUUGGGUACAACCCGUUCUACCAGAACAAGACGCGCACGGCCGAGGUGCACAUUCUGAGCCCCUUUGCGCACGACUUUUACGGCGCGCACCUGCGCCUAGCGAUCCUGGGCUACAUCCGGCCGGAGCAAAACUAUGCGUCGCUGGACGCGCUGGUGGCGGACAUCCAGUUUGACUGCGUCGUGGCGAAGACGUCGCUGGCACGGGCGGGGUGGACGCCUGCCGGACAGUCGACCGCGUUGGCGGGCGCAGAGAAUGUGACAGAGGGCAAGGGCGCGACCGGUGGGACGCUGGUGAUUCCAUGGCUUCUCGGUUGA